CUGACCUGCUGCGUGCAAACCCAGCACGGAUCAAGCACUUUGCGCCAGGCUCAAUUCCUUGCGAUUGCCUGCCACCGUCGCCCAGCACAACUUGCCCGACAUGGCACCUUCAAAGUCCACGCUGAAGCGCAAGGCUUCAACCGCCCAGGAAGACCCUGCGGUCCUUUCUGACGACGAGUUUGGCGGAGUCGCUCUGGAAGGCGUUCUUGAUGGAGAAUCCGACGACGAGGACUUCACAGACAACGACGACGACGACCAGAACGAUAGCGACGUCUCGGGCUCCGAGGACUACGACGAGGAUGAGGAGGACGAUCUAGCCAGCGACGAUGUCCCCUCGGAUGGCGAGAGCGCUGAGCGCAAAGUGGCCACCAACGGUGCCUUCGACGACGAGGAGCUGGGACCCAACUACACGGUCGAGACCGACGCCAAUGGCGGCACGAGAUAUGUCUACAAGGAGAUCGACCCCGUCUACGACUCGGACGACUCGGACGCCAAUGAAGGCGCCAACACAAUCGGCAACAUCCCUCUCUCCUUCUACGACUCGUACCCUCACAUUGGCUACACGAUUGACGGCAAGAAGAUCAUGCGCCCUGCCGCCGGCGAUGCGCUCGACAACCUGCUGGACAGCAUAGAAGUGCCCAAGGGAUGGACCGGCCUGACGGACCCUCAGACAGGCAAGCCGCUGAACCUGAGCCAGGACGAGCUCGAGCUCCUGCGCAAGCUGCAGAUGGGCGAGAUCCCGGCCGAGGGAUACGACCCUUACCCAGACACGGUCGAGUGGUUCACAUCACAGAUUGAGGAAAUGCCCCUGAGCGCGGCACCCGAGCCCAAGAGGAGAUUCCUUCCCAGCAAGCACGAGCAGAAGCGGGUCAUGAAGCUCGUCAAGGCGAUCAAGGAGGGGCGCAUUCAGCCAUACAAGGAGCCGAAGAAGGAAGACGAGGAGGAGGAAGAGGUGGAUGAUGAUCUUCAAGCAUAUGAUCUCUGGGCCGACGAGCAGCCUCAAGCACCGCACAUCAUGAAUAUCCCGGCGCCCAAGCUCGCGCCGCCAGGCUACGACUUGAGCUACAACCCGCCACCCGAGUACCUACCCGACGAGGAAGAGCGCAAGAAGUGGGAGGAGAUGGAUCCCGAAGAGCGUGACAAGGAGUACCUGCCUCAAAAGUACGACUCGUUGCGAAAGACGCCGGCAUACGAUUCUUUCGUCAAGGAGAGAUUCGAGCGGUGCUUGGAUCUCUACCUGGCCCCCAGAGUGCGCAAGAACAGAUUAAACAUUGAUCCGACGUCUCUACUGCCCAAACUGCCGAGACCUGAAGAGCUCCGCCCCUUCCCAACAGUAGCUGCCGUAGAGUAUGUCGGCCACGAAGGACGAGUGCGGUCAGUAGCGGUUGACCCCACAGGCGAGUGGCUGGCCAGCGGCGGCGACGACGGCACCGUGCGCGUCUGGGGCCUCCGGGACGGCAAGCAGCAGUGGUCCGUCAAGCUGAGCAGCGACGAGCCCGUGGAGACGGUGCGCUGGCGGCCGGGACAGGACGCAUCCAUCCUUGCGGCCGUCGUGGCCGAGGACAUCUUCCUGAUGAUCCCCGCGUACGGCAACCCUGAGCUCGAGCAGGCAAGCCGGGACAUUCUGGACGCCGGCUUCGGCUACGCGACCAACGCGAAACAACUCACCACGGCCACGGGGGCCCGCAAGGACCCUCCCGCGAAAUGGAUCCGGCCCGGCGCCCGCCUCGAGGACGAGGGCGUGCUGCUCAAGGCGACGGUGCGCGCGCCGAUCCGCACGCUCCAGUGGCACCGCCGGGGCGACUACUUCUGCACCGUCUCGCCGACGGGCCAGCGGAGCUCGGUAGCCAUCCACACGCUCAGCAAGCACCUCACCCAGAUUCCCUUCCGCAAGCUCCCUGGGCUGGCGCAGACGGCCCAGUUCCACCCUUCGCGGCCCCUGUUCUUCGUCGCGACCCAGCGCAUGGUCCGCUGCUACGACCUGCAGCGCCAGGAGCUCGUCAAGGUGGUCCAGCCGGGCGCCCGGUGGAUCUCGAGCUUCGACAUCCACCCGGGCGGCGACAACCUCGUCGUGGGCUCCUACGACCGCCGCCUCCUGUGGCACGAGCUCGAGCUGUCGACCCGCCCCUUCAAGACGAUGCGGUUCCACACCGAGGCCAUCCGCGCCGUCAAGUUCCACCGCCACUUCCCCCUCUUCGCAGACGCCAGCGACGACGGCUCCCUCCAGAUCUUCCACGCAAAGGUCGUCAACGACGUCAUGGAGGACCCCGUCAUCGUGCCCGUCAAGAUGCUCAAGGGCCACAAGGUCGUCAAGAAGCUCGGCAUCCUCGACGUCGACUGGCACCCGCAGCACCCGUGGUGUGUCAGCGCCGGUGCGGACGGCACGUGCAGGCUGUGGCAGUAAGAGGACGGUACUAAGAAAGGUGUUUGAGGAGGAUGGAAAAGGGGAAUGGUGGGGGAAAACUCUGCAGGUGUUCCGGUCAGGAGUAUCUUGCAUGAGGGCGCGUGUAUAUCAACAAAGAAGGAAACAUGCACAAGCGAGAAGAAGAAGGGAG